GACUUGGAGCAACGGUGGCUUUCGGGACGUUUGAGCUGUAAAAAAAUUAGCGAAAUAUAAAAAAUUAGCGUAAAAACAGACACAUGUAUAUUUUUAGGAGGACAUACAGAACACAAAAAUGUCUAGUCAUGCGGAAAAAAUGAAGAACGCUAGUCUGACACCUAACUCAUCCUUUCGAGCGCUGAAUAAUUCAGGAUCAGGGAUUCAUCAAAUUGGUCGAAGUUCAAGACACCCACGGAACUUGGCAGGUUCUCAAAGCCGAAAAAACAGCAACAGCAAACUUAACUGUCUGGAUAAAGGCGAUCAAAGUCACACCAGACGAGCAGUCCGGGUGUUGGAUGAAGAUGGCAUUGAUGUCACUCCUCUGGUCCUGUAUCACGCAGACACAGGAGACACGCAGUCCAAACAAGGCAUGCUCUUCCUGGAGGAAAUCUUUUCCAGCUCAGGAUUAGACCAUUCACAGUCUACUUCAAGUGUCAAUGUGUGCUCUUCCAGCUCAUUUCAGGGUAGCAGCCGACUAUCCAACCUGUCGAACAAAGCAUCACUGACUAAGGAGAGUGAGGACAGCAUUUCGAAACUGGACAUACCAAUAAGACCCAGAGCUCCAUACGCAGAGUUGCCAAGGAAAAGAGACCAUGUGAAACAACAUGUGACAGAAGAGAUGCUGGAUGAGGUAGUGGACAUCUUGCUCAUUGAGACAGACACCAUUUCACUGCUGGACAUUCCCAGUACCAUUGUCUCAGAGGAUGCUGAUGAUGUAGAAACAAUUAAAGAGAGAAACAUUCGCUAUGCUGAGCUUUGCAAGAACAGAAUGGGAAAUGAUAAGUUUAUAGUGCGAUCAAUGCAGUCGUUCGGUGGAGCACCUAAAAACAAACAGAUCCAGUCUGACGAGAUUGUCACAGUGGAUAAAGGAACAACUGCUACUACCUGGGACAUUUAUGACUCUUUCCAUAACCAAAAUAAGACCACUGAAAGUGAGUUUACCUAUCCAGAGAGUAAUUUGAACGGCAGCAAAAUUCAAGAGAAGAGGGGAGAAACAAGCAGCAGCAGCACAGUUGGCACAAGCAGUACCAUCAGUUCACUGUUAGAAAAGGACACCUGUGGAGACAGUUCAAAGGCUGAGCCCGACCCACAGCGGAUCUUGCAAUCAGACUCUUUCCAACACAGCUUAUUAGUAAUGGAGAGGACCAUUGUUGCAAAUAUCUUGCAACCUAAACUGUCUGCUUACAGACAGCUGCCCGUACAAGAAGACUGUGACAGAACAGCGAAGCCUCAGACUAAGAAACAGUGUGAGGAGGACAAGAUGAGCUGUCUAACUCCAGCCAUUGAACAUCUCUGGGCUUUCGGUUGCGAGCUCACCAAAGGAUGCAGCAUUACCAGCAUGGCCUGGAACAAGAAGAACCCGGACCUCCUGGCAGUUGGAUACGGUGACAUUGACCCCAGGAACCAGAAAGCAGGAAUAAUCUGCUGUUGGUCCAUCAAAAACCCACUGUGGCCGGAACGCAUUUUCUACUGUCACAGUUGUGUUACGUCCCUGGAUUUCUCAGCCAACAACCCUGGCCAGCUAGCUGUGGGGAUGUUUGAUGGUACCGUCGCCCUCUAUAAUGUCCCGUGUCCUGACGACAGGGCAUGUAUCGCCAGCAGCAGAGAGAGUUCUGAAAAGCACCUGCAUCCAGUGUGGCAGGUCACCUGGAUCAAACAAGAGAUGAGAUCAUCAGGGGAGGAGAGAGCAGAAGCCCUCGUCUCUGUGUCGGCAGAUGGCAGGAUUACGAAGUGGUUCCUCUGCAGCAAUGGUCUUGAGAGUAUAGACCUGAUGAUGCUGAGGAGGGUUCAAAAUACUAAGAUGGAGGCUCCAAGAAGCAAGAAGACGACAGCUAACGACCUGUCAAUGGUGACCCCUGGUCUUUGUGUUGACUUCCAUCCAAUUGAUUCCAGUAUCUACCUGGUUGGUACUUGGGAGGGCCUCAUCCACAAGUGCUCCGUCUCCAACAGUCAGCAUUUUCUGGAAACUUAUGAAAAACACUUUUGCCCUGUGAACCACGUAGAAUGGUCUCCAUUCUGUCCUAAUGUGUUCCUGAGCUGCUCCUCUGACUGGACCAUCCAGCUGUGGAAGCAGGGCCUCUGUGCUCCUGUGCUGACUUUCACAUCCACCCAGAGGGCCGUAUACACCGUCAGGUGGUCCCCUAUCCACUCUGCAGUGUUUGCAGCCAUUAAUGGACGACAGGUGGAGAUCUGGGACCUGAAUACAAGGAUCCUGUACCCAACCAUUGUGCACCACGCUGCACCUGAUGUGAAGAUAACAGCCCUGCUAUUUGCCACAGGGACAGACUGUAUCCUGGUAGGAGAUAGCGACGGACAAGCGACUGUCUACGAGCUCAAGAACCUCAGUGUGGGAGAAGGCAAGCAGGUGGACAGUUUGGAAGACAUCAUUCAGUCUGCAGUUUCAAAAAAUGUGAUGUAAAAAUUCAAAUUAAUUUGCCCUUCUAAAAAUAGCAAACAAUAAAUUUGUAAUGCUACAGGGGUGACCUUUUGUUGAAAGCCACUUCAGUUUUGUGUUAUUGUGGUUCAGUCUCUGAAGUUAAUUUAGCUUUUGCCAGUUGUUGAAGUUUGGGGAAAUUAAAGAGUUCUAUCAAAGCAUGUGAAUUUGACAAAACAAUAAAAAAAAAAUUGUG